UGGAUUGCUAAUGCAGACCGAACGAUCGGAACUUGGUUAUCUAAAGUAUCGCCCAAAAAUGACCGAAUACGUGACGCCCAUGAUCAGCACCGUCUUGAAGAAAUACCAGACGAGUGCCACGAAAUCGCUCCAGGGACCGGGACACACCCUAACCUCCGCCGGUGUCCUCGAUAUUGCCACCAAUGGAAGAAGUGACAGUCCUGGCUUGAAUGGAAAAUGCCAAGCGUCUUCGCCGGUGGUGGCUCUAAUAAAAAAGGAAAUACUCAGUUCGCCAGAGCCGCAGGAACUGCAUCAUGAAUGUUCCUCGCGGGGCACGCCCCCCCAGAUAUAUCCACCCGCCACGCCCCCACGGGAACUCUCACAACCGAUUCUAUCGGUAGCGGAUUCCGGGUGUGGCGAGCUCUACGAGACGAAAUUGGAGGGUAAAACCAUUGGAUGCUUUUCCGUUGGCGGGGAAAUGAGACUCUGCCUGCCGCAGUUUCUCAACAAUGUCCUCAACGAUUUCUCGCUGGAACAGAUCAACAGGAUCUUCGAUGAACUGGGCAUAUACUGCUCGCAGUGUACGCCCGAUCAGCUGGUGGAAUUUAAGGCCGCCAAGAUCCUGCCAUCGGAUGUCAAGGCCAGUGGCCUGAUCACCCGCACCGAUGCGGAGCGACUUUGUGCGGCCCUACUCCAUCGAUCGGACCGGAAUAGCUAUGUCCCCAUCGAGAGUUUGUCCAAGGGAGCCCUGAGUUUCCACGUUUAUCACAAGUGCUUUGGCAAGUGCGAGGGCAUCUGCACCCCCGACAUGUACUCGUACCAGAAACCGACCUGCAUCAAGUGCCUGGAGUGCGACGGUUGGUUCUCGCCACAGAAGUUCGUGGGUCAUGUGCAUCGGAAGUUCGAGAACCAGACUUGUCACUGGGGCUUCGACUCCCGCAACUGGCACGACUAUCUUCAUGUGGCGCUGGAUGUGGAAAACCGUGAAAAGUACCAGAUCAUCCUCGAUGAGCUGAAGGAGGUGGAACUGAAGGAGAUGCACAAGCCGCAACGGGAAUUGGAUCACAGAAAAACAAAGGCGGAAAUGCUCAUGGAUGACGGUCUUCUGGGCUCGGGGCAUGUUCUCGGAUUGGCGGGACAUCCACAUGGACUGGUGGGCGCCCUGGCCCCGCCCCCGAUACCGCCGAUGAAGCAGCCGCAGAUGGACAUUCCCAGUGGCAAGAAGCAGCUGCAGCAGCUCAAGGGGGCCUCCUCGGCUGCGGCGUCCACGCUGGAGUAUCACUAUCAGGUUAUGUACGCGCACUGUGUGCAGCGGGAGCGGGAGAGGGAGCGGGAGCACCUGCCGCACCCCCUGCCCCACCAGCACCGCGCCGUUCUGGUGGCCACCGCCCCCCACCCGCAUGGACCGCACCACCACCCACCACCCGCGCUGAACUCCGCGUCGGCCUUCCGACCUUGGGGACCCACCACCACCAAGGCCUUUCUGAACGCCUACAACGCGACGCUGUCCUCGCUGCCCUACGCCUGCCAGGAGCCGCCGGAGCUCCAAAAUCCGGAGCGGGUGGUGCGGAGCACGGACAAGCGGUAUGCGGAGCGGACGUACCAGCCCAAUGUGGCCCUGGCACCGCGGAAGAGUAUACUCUCGAAGGAGCGGGACAAGGACAGGGAGCGGCUGGAGAGGGAGAUGAUGGAGCGUCAGCGGCUGAGGGAGAAGGAGACGGCGGAUCACCAGGUGGUGCACAUUAAGCAGGAGCGAUCGCAGACACCCCCGCCACCGACAGCAUCGCCAGCCGAGGUUCUCUCUGCGCCCCUGGAGGUCGCUGAGCCACCGCACACCUCCUCGAGUGGCAGCAAUUCACCACUACCCGCCCACCUGCCCGCAGCACCAGCCACUGGACCACCCAAUGCAGCCGGUGGUGCACCGGCACCACCCACACCGAGUAACCUUCGGAACAUGCGCAGUCCGGAGGAGUUCUCGGCGGGCGGCAGCAAUGAGAUUACCUCCUCCACCUCACCACACCAUCAGCAGCACCACUCGGCCACCGGAGCCAAUCAACCACCGUCGCAGCACAUCAUAGCCACCGUUAAUCAGCAUGCCAAACUAUUGCCCAGCUCCAGUUCCCUGCCCAAUGGCAAUGGAGGCUCCUCGCUGGCAGCCACAAACAACGAACCGAGUCGGAUUAGGAUCAACAAGAACCUGAUGAUGAGUCAGCAGCCGGUGGUGGUGGGUGUGGCACCACAUCACUUCCACCAGCAGCAGCAGCAGAACCACCCAACGCACAUGCAUCACUAUAGCCAUGGGUAUUACAAGAGUCAGGCCGCCUCACCCACUCAGUCCUCCAGUGCUGGCCUGAAUCUGAGUACCCACUCGUCAAAUGUGGUCAGUUCGCCCCACCAUCCGCCGAACCACCAGAAGACGCAGCAUAGUUCGGGAGGAUCUGGGAACCAUGGCCUGAAGAAUGGUAAGCCCCAUUUGGGCAGCGAAUUCGAGCUGUCCACGGACACCGAUGAUACGGACAGUCUGAACGGAGAGCCCGACUCGAGUGCCAUGUUACCGCCCUGGGAGCAGGCGGUGGAAUCCCUGAGAGAAACGCGACCCCGCGACCGGGAACGAGUGCUCCACCUGCUGCAGCGACUUAUGCAGGAGAACAAUCAAUAUCGAUAUAAUAACAUCCAGUUGAGUGAACUGCUCCACAAGCAAGAUGCCCAUAUAGCCGACCUAACGGAGCAACUGCAGCGAUAUCGCCGGCAGUUCGAGGAGCAGGUCUGCAAGGUGGACCUCCGAAAGAUGCCAUUCAAGCAGCAAACUCGACUCGAGGAGGUGGUGGAGGAGGGGCGGGGAGAGCCCGGCGAGGAGGACGAGGAGCUGGAGGAGGAGGAAAUGGAAAUGGAGGACAGGGCUAAUAACAAUAAUCAACAGGAGCUGCUAUCGCCGCUGACAAAGCCACCGUCGAAUGGCCUGCGACGCAGUGCCACGCCCCUAAAUUGUUGCGGGAGUGAGGAGGAAGAGCCGGAGAACAAGAGAAUAAAGCUGCAGGUAGAGGAGAAAAUUAAGGACAGUCAGGUGGAGGAAGAGGAAAGUCCCUCCAAUAAUUCGGAGCCGGAGGAACUGGAAAAAUCCCAAGAAAACGGCGAGAAAAGCGCCCCAAAUAAUAAUCUUAAAAGUCCCCAACCCAGUCAAACUUCCAGCGACGAGGACAUGGAGGAAGAUGAAGACGAUGAGGAGGAGGACGAGGAGGAAGAGGAUGAAGAGGUUCAGAUAGAAGCUCCCCACAGUAGUGCUCUGGCCACGCCCCCCACGGCAACCACGCCCCUCUCGCCGGACUCGGCGGCCACCGCUGGUCAGCUGUUCGAUAGCAGCAAUAGCAGCGAUGAGUCAUCGAUGAAAAAGGCCCAGAUGUCCGCCUGCCAUGCACUGGAAAAAAUCAGCAGUCAUGUGGGCAGCGAGGAUAACAAUCAGAGGCCCGAGGAGGAGAGCCAGGAGGAGGAGGCGGAAGCGGAGGAGGAGAUGAACCCGGAAGAGGAUGAGUCCGAUGACGACGAGAUGCCCCUGCAGCAGCGACAGCAGCAGCAGCGCCAGCGGGUGGGACCACAGACCGCCGGACACCACCAUCAGGCACAAGCACCACCACCACCACCACCACAUGCCCCCAUGGCCACCAAGGCCAGCAAGAAACAGACUCCACCCGCACCACCCACUGCAGCCACAUCCACCACGACAUCAGCAACAACGAACUGCGAGUUACAAAUCAAAAAGGAAAUACCCUAGAGACAAAAACCCCAAAAACCUCUCAACGAAAAGCUCUUUCACACACACGACAAAACAGUUUGAACUUAGUUAGGAUCCCUGUUUCUUUUGGAGAAGAGAGUGCAGACGAAAUUCAAGCACAAAGCCUAAACGCACAUAUUGCCCAUUCGCAGCCAGCAAGAAGAAAUGAUAUCUAUGCUA